ACACUUGACCUCCCGCCUCAACCAGCGUAGGGGCCCGCGAGCCGUUGAGCCGGUUCCUCAUCUGUAAUCUGGUUGAGACGAAACAGCGAAGCCAUGGGGCUCAUGGCGGAAUUUUGGAGCUCUGUUUCAGAUGAGCUGCCAGAUCGCGCGUUUAAGCUGAGGGAAAUGGCGAGCCCCUUUGGCGUGCAGCGGCGGCGGUGGCUUUCCCUGCAGAUCCACUGCCCAGUCGGAGCAUUCCGCGCAUACGCCAAAGCCGUCAAUCAGGGACGGUGCCUGGGGGAUCAGAGGCCCCUGUCGUGGGCCGCCGCGUGCGAGGGGCCCGUGACAGAGUUGCCAGCGACCCCGAAUCAGAGGGCUCUGCCCGCAUGCUGUCCAGAUGUGGUAUUGAGCCCGGCAAGGGCGUGGGCAGCCUCCAUUGGUCAAGUGGCUGAAUCCACUGGUGCCCGCCCAGAUCCUUCCAAGCCCGAGUGGUCUGUUGUAGGCUGCCGGGGCCGUCGUAUGUAUCUGGUCUGGGCCGACGAGUGGGUGGUGGUGUUUCUUCUGCCGCGACACAGCAGCGGCCGCCCCUGCCCUGGGUCGAAUGAAGACUGGAAUACAGCAGUGGUUGCUCGUGCCCUUGGCCUUGAGGCAUGCAUGGACCUCGGAUCAGAGAUGCUACUGAUUAAUUAUUGCCUGGCUUGA